AUGUCGCUCCUGAUGCGGAAUCCGACGACACCCCAUGACUCUGUCGCAGAUAAGCAGGUUUAUGGCCUGCAGAACACAGAAUUCUCGCAGCAAGAAUGGUUGCAAAAUCUCUCCGACGAAGAUUCUUCAUCUUAUACUCCCACCUAUGCCCAAAUGGCUGCUCAGUUCUCUAAAAGGACCUCAUCGCAACCAAUCUUCAAAAAUCUUUUGCUCUCGAAUUCCGAAGACUUGAACGUUUCGAAUUUCUUAGACUCCAAUUCCACUCUAUCCGAAUGGAACAAAACGUCACAGACACGAUUUCCUGCCACAUUCCUGAUUACUCUCCACAACACUUUGAAGCUUUUGCUGAAAGCAUCCAAGGCAAAGUGUAUGACCAAUUCUCCUUAUUUGGCGACCAAUUCGACGAUCUUCUAA